GUGCAGUGGCACAGAGCCAUUUCGGAAAACGCAGGGAUGAAACCCUUGUGAUCACAAUUAUGAGGGCACCCUCUGCAAGCUCGCUGACAGCUCCCCGCUGUGUCUGGUGGUCAUGCACUGGAGGAAUGGGAUGGCAUCCAGAGGGACCUGGACAAGCUUCAGAGGUGGGACUGUGAGAACCUGGUGAAGUUCAGCAAGGCCACAUGCAAGGUGCUGCACUUGUGACAGGACUCAGGGAACGGCUGGAGCUGUGCCAGGGGAGGCUUAGUUUGGAUAUUGGAAAGGUUCUUCCCCAGAGGGUGCUGGCACUGCCCAGGCUCCCCAGGGAAUGGGCACAGCCCGAGGCUGCCAGAGCUCCGGGAGAGCUGGGACAGCGCUGCCAGGGGUGCCCAGGGUGGGGUUGUUUGGGUGUGAAUUUCCCCUCUCCACAUUUGAAGCCAUUCCCCCUCACCCUGUCACUCAGUUCCUGAGGAAGAAUCCCUCUCGUUUGUUGAGGAUUGCUGGGGUGUCCUGUGCAGAGCACAGAGCGGGACUGGAUCAUCCUUGUGGGUCCAGUCCAACUCGGGAUAUUCUGUAGCUCUGUGACCAUUUAUAAGCGCCUGGAGUGACAUGACGGGCGGGGGGGAAAUGACUUCAAAAUGAAAGAGGGAAGGAUUAGACUGGAUAUUAGGACGAAAUCCUUGGCGGUGAGGGCGGGGAGGCACAGGCUGCCAUGAGAAGCCGCGGCUGCCGCAUCCCUGAGGCGUCCGAGGCCAGGCUGGACGCGGCUGGGACGAACCCGCCGCGCCACGAGGCACCGGCGCCUCACGAACGCGAACGCUGCGGCUUUAAGGAGGCGGUCGGGGCGUGUGCCCGGCCCGUCAUGCCGCUCGGGGGGCCGGGCCGCUGCCGUGCGCCGGCGGUGCCGCCAUGUACCGCCUGUGCCGGCUGUCCCCGCUGCUGUCCCCGCUGCCGGCCCCGCUCCGCGCCCCCCGGCCCGCCUGGGCCGCGCUCCCGCCGGGGCCGGGCCCGCGCCGCGCCCGCGCCAAGGAUGCAGCUGAACCCCUCAAAAAGGCAGCCACUGAUCCCAGUGCUGAAAACAAGAAACUCAACAAAUCCCAGCAGCUGAAACAAGUUUUUAAAGAAUAUGGUGCUGUAGGGGUUUCCUUCCAUGUUGGAAUUUCCUUAGUAUCUCUGGGAAUCUUCUACCUGGCUGUGUCAAGCGGCGUGGACAUGAGCGCGGUUCUGCUGAAGCUGGGUUUCAGCGAGGCCUCUCUGCAGUCCAGGAUGGCAGCUGGCACCAGCACCUUCGUGCUGGCCUAUGCUGUGCACAAGCUCUUCGCCCCCGUGCGCAUCAGCAUCACCGUGGUGUCCGUGCCCUUCCUGGUGCGCUACUGCCGCAAGGCCGGCUUCUUCAAACCCCCCGCCUCCGGCCCCUGAGCCCUGCCCGCCUCUCUGCCCUCCAGGCUCCACAGCCACGGAGCUCUUCGGGUGAAAAGGUUCUUUGAAAGACUUAGCUGGGUUCAGGUGGAUCUCAUCUUGUGUUUCUUACUUGUUCUUUCAGGUAAAUGUCACUGUGAAAAGUGCUGUCCUUGUCUCCUUUCACUUUUUGUUCUUAGGGAAAACCUGUUCAAAUGAGAUCUGGUUUGCACUUCAAGUGGGAAUAUAAAUGCUUGACAAUGAGCACAGUUCUGGGUCUUUAUAAGCCAGCUUUUGAGCCUUUUUUUUUUUUCUUUUCAAAACAGUCAUAGCUUUCAUUUAUUACUGUGUAGCUGAGAAACUGUGAGAUUCUCUUUCCAGCAGAAUAAACAAUAUCUCACUACACGGCUAGUUCUCUUGAUAAGGGUAUCUAUUGGAAUCUAAAGUGGCAGGUGGGUGUUUCUGUUGUUAGAAGAGGCUUUUAUUAUAGCCCUUCUUGCAGUACAACACAGGCACUGAACUCGCUUCAGUAGGAGUACCCCUAGGAUGAAUUAUUGCAGUCAUAAUUGGUUUAGUCACAAUAGGUGAAGCACUGUUCUGAAACUAUGUGUAUUGCUUCUAUUGUCCAAGAUUUUAUUGUUUGAAAAUGUGCUGGCUGGGAGCCAGCCUUACUAAAGUCCUUUUGUUUUUAAAUGUCUAUAGACUCAGAAAUCCUGAGCCUACUGAAAUCAGUGAAACCAGAAUUACCUAUGUGAACAUAAUCCAAACAACAUCGAGGCAGAGAGAAGCUGGGGGGAGUUUAAUAUUUUGAGAUCUGGCUUUGUACUGGAAAUACUUUUUUUUUGCAUCUUAAAACUAACCCCAGCAGCUUUCUGUUCCUGUGGGUGAAACUCAAAUCUGCACCUGAAGUGCAAACAUUCCAAUUCCCAGCUUCCCAGGAAGAAUUCCUAUGCUUUGGGCUGAGACUGGUGAAUGUAGCAAUGAGGGGGUUUUGCCUUUCCUUAUGGGGACACUGUGGUGAUAGAAUGUAGUCACAGGUGUGGAUGUCCUCGUUCCACCUUCCACUCAACCUGAAGAAUGAUCCUAAAACAGAUGGAUCAGUGUCACACUGGGGUAAGCCUGGGAGCUGGGGCUGUUUGGGACCUGCUGGCUGCUCUUUUCUGAAUUCUCUUUGUGCUUGCACUUACCCCAAGGUGGCUCUGACAGAUCUGAUUAUACAGAACUCUGCUUUAAGUAAAAUAGCAGGAAAAUACCCUGAAAUAGCUUUUCAUUUUUGCUAGAAUUUAGUGAAUGGAGAGGAGGAAAAGGUGGAGUUUUGAUGAGAGUUGGCUGAGGGAGGAAAGGAGGAGCAAAUAACUUCUUGUUAUGAGCAGCCUCUUGCCUCCCCUCAGCCAGAACAUUAAAUUGCACCUUAAUUCCUUCUCCCCCACAGGAAGUCCCAAGUUUCAUGUGGACCAAGGAUAAGAAUUUCAAAAUAACUGAGGCAGCCUUGUUUACUUCAGUUAGAAUAAUUCCUGAGAAGGAUGUUUUGUCUUAAAUGUGAUAAAGAAGUCAGAGUUUCUUUUUCAAAAUCAUAUGAAAUCAUUUAAAUUCAGUAGAAGGCACCAGCACUAAACUAGAGUUUUAUUGCUGUAAAGAAACAGCUUCAUAGAAGUUGUGGCCAGAAUUCUGAUUACUUAUGUGGUUGUAUAAACUACUGGCAGUUUGUUUAGAUGAACAUUUUUGCAAAGUAUAUUUUAAAUUAAUUUGAGAACUAUAUUUUGAAUUCUUAAAUCCUUGCUUGUAGAAGGAUCAUUUUUAAAAACUGUUUGUAAAAUAGCAAAGUCUUAUUCUGAAAAUACAAUAAAUUGCUUUCUCUUA